CCCCUAGCGGCUGCGGGGAGCUGGCGGUGGGGUUAAAAGCACGUCGCAGUCGCCCUGGCCUAGGCACAAGCCAGGAGUGGUGAGCCUUUACGUCGGGCCUGCACCCGCGCUCGCACGCCACCGACAGCCGCCUCUGCCCCUGCCCCGUGGCCGUGCUCCUGCCUGGCCUCAUGUUUCUUCUGCUACUACUAAUGCUUCUCGCGGACCCGGCGCUCCCCGCCCAACGUCACCCCCCAGUGGUGCUCGUACCUGGUGAUUUGGGCAACCAGCUGGAAGCAAAGCUGGACAAGCCGACGGUUGUGCACUACCUUUGCUCCAAAAGGACUGACAGCUAUUUCACACUCUGGCUCAACCUCGAACUCCUGCUGCCAGUCAUCAUUGACUGCUGGGUCGACAAUAUCAGGCUGGUUUACAACAGAACAUCCAGGACCACCCACUUUCCUGAUGGUGUGGAUGUUCGUGUCCCUGGCUUUGGAAAGACUUUCUCAUUGGAGUUCCUGGACCCUAGCAAAAGCAGUGUGGGUUCCUAUUUCCAUACUAUGGUGGACAGCCUUGUGGGCUGGGGCUACACACGAGGUGAAGAUGUCCGAGGGGCCCCCUACGACUGGCGCCGUGCCCCAAAUGAAAACAGGGCCUACUUCCUCGCCCUCCGAAAGAUGAUCGAAGAGAUGCACCAGCUGUAUGGGGGCCCUGUGGUGCUGGUUGCCCACAGCAUGGGCAACAUGUACACACUAUACUUUCUGCAACAGCAGCCACAAGUUUGGAAGGACAAGUAUAUCCGUGCCUUCGUGUCACUGGGUGCCCCCUGGGGGGGUGUGGCCAAGACCCUGCGUGUCCUGGCUUCAGGAGACAACAACCGGAUCCCUGUCAUUGAGUCACUGAAGAUCCGGGAGCAGCAGCGGUCUGCAGUCUCCACCAGCUGGCUGCUGCCCUACAACCACACCUGGUCACCUGAGAAGGUAUUUGUACACACACCCACGACCAACUAUACGCUGCAGGACUACCACCGGUUCUUCCAGGACAUUGGCUUUGAAGACGGCUGGUUCAUGCGGCAGAACACAGAUGGGCUGGUUGAAGCCAUGCUGCCGCCUGGUGUGCCGCUGCACUGCCUCUAUGGCACUGGUGUUCCCACACCAGACUCCUUCUACUAUGACAGCUUCCCAGAUCGCGACCCUAAAAUCUACUUUGGUGAUGGCGAUGGCACUGUAAACUUGGAGAGUGCCCUGCAUUGCCGGACCUGGAAAAGACAGCAGGAGCACCAAGUAUCAUUGCAGGAGAUACCAGGCAGCGAGCACAUUGAGAUGCUGGCCAAUACCACCAUGCUGGCCUACCUGAAACGUGUGCUUCUUGGGCCCUGAGUCCUGUGCUAGGCAGGGCUGCUGGAUGGGUUGGCCACAGGCCUUUUCUUGGCCUCUGAUAUGGAUUAUAAAUUUAGCAAAGUUUUCAACCAGUCCUUCAAGAUCCUGGGUCUUGGGCUAUGAAGCAUCUGCCCAGGGAAGUACUAUUGCUUGUCCUUCUGUGGCCAUGAACAAGGAAUAAAUGAGUGUGGACUCAAAAGACCCUUGAUAUAAAGAAUGAUGCUGAUGGUGGAAUCAUUGUCACUCAGGACUGGAUCUGCAGGGUGGAUUGAUUGGCACCUGGACUCAAUCCCCAGCUCAGGGGGCAUGCAUUCCCCUUACCCCUGUGGGCUUUCCACACUCGCCCACUGGGUUCUGGACUUCUGUGAGGGAUAUUCUGAGCUCUCUGACCCUCAGGUGACCCUUCCCAUGCACUGGCCUCAUACAGGCCUGCUACUAGACAGGGGUGGCUGAAGCUGCUGGGUUACCUGUGGCCUCGCUGGUAGACAGCCUGGUACCCCCUGCAGGCAGGGGCAGUUUUAUUUUCCAUGGCUCCCAGGACUUGGGGCAUUCACUCCAUUCCUACCUCUCUCACCUGCAGUAGCAGCCCAGUUCUAGAUUGGGCAGCAGAUGGCUACCAGGAGUCCUGGUGCCCCUGGUUGUACUGUGGGUCCCAGUAUUAAAGCUGGCUCCUUUGGUUCUGGGAUUAUGGUUCAAGGAGGGCAGGGCCCAAUGCCAUGGUAUUCUGAGUACCUGUGAAGAAAGGGAACUCUGAGGCAACCAGCUGCCUUGAGCUGCCCUCUUGUGAAUCUCACUGCCACCCUGCCAUAUGGUCUCAGCACCCAGCUGGGCUGGCACAGCUGAGAGGUGGUGGGGCUCCUGCCCAGUAUCUGCUCCCGCUAGGCAGGUCAAUGGUUUUUCUAAUGAAGGGACAAACCCAGAGAUUGGAGUGAGUCCCUGAGAGAGCCAGGAGCAUAGAUGCCCCUGGGUUUUUUUCUGUCUGCCACAGGCGUGCUGCAUGGGUCUCCCCAUGAUAGCAGGGAUGGAGAGACUGAGCCUGUCUUAGUGGCAGUGGGCUCUAGAUGGGUAAUUGGCCAGAGGCUGAGAUUUAGGUCCACCCUCAAGGUUGAAGUCAAAGCCUCUCUCUGACUGGACUGUGACACUCCUACAAGGUUUCUGUGGAGCUGGAUUUUUGCUGUUGUAUUUGUGCCCAACAUCUUUUUCCUUUUGUCCUGAGUGGUGGGCGCCAUAUGGGGUCUGAGCAGGAUGUACCUCGAUUCUGGCAAUAAAAGUAUGCUGUACUUUUGUAAAAAGGA